AUGUUUGUUGGUGGCACUGCAGCACCAGCAACAGUUACAGUGUGGGCAAUGUCAGAACUCAUGAGAAACCCAAAGGCGAUGGAGAAGGCACAGGCUGAGGUAAGAAAGGUGUUCAAUGAGAAAGGGUAUGUGGAUGAAGCAGACCUUGGACACUGUCAAUUCUUAAACUCAGUGAUCAAAGAAACACUGAGGCUACAUCCCCCAGAGGCAUUGCUACUUCCAAGAGAAAACAGUGAGGCAUGUGUGAUCAAUGGGUAUGAAAUCCCUGCAAAGAGCAAGGUCAUUAUCAAUGCCUGGGCCAUUGGAAGAGACCCUAUGUAUUGGAAUGACCCAGAUAGGUUUGUACCAGAGAGAUUUGAGAACUCCUAUGAUUUCAGUGGCACACACUUUGAAUACAUACCCUUUGGGGCUGGAAGGAGAAUUUGUCCUGGAGCUGCAUUUUCCAUGCCAAACAUGUUGCUGUCACUGGCCAGUUUGCUUUACCAUUUUGUUUGGAAACUGCCAAAUGGAACAACACACCAAGAACUGGACAUGACUGAGUCCUUCGGUCUUACUGUUAAAAGAGCAAAUGAUCUUUGCCUAAUCCCCAUUCUUUAUCACCCAUCCACAAUUGGCCACCAGUAA